AAAGUUUCAGCAGCAGCGUCCAGUCAAUCGAUCCUCCGUCGUCGUUCCGUCUAGUCGUCCGGUCGCGCGGUGUCGUCAUCUGUUAUCCCCCUGUGUGUACAACAGUUGCGUAUGAACGUCGCUGGAAGAAAGUUGCGCUGAGUGAGGAAACCAAUCCGAUUGCUUAUCGUAGUCGUGAAUUCCUGUCGAGUUUGGUUCGGUUACAAUGGCUUCUCGAGAAGAGUGAUUUGGAAGAAAGCUAGAUCCGCUAGAUCUGCUAACCCACCUUGCAAGAAGUGAAGGGCCAGCCCAGUUUGAUUGGUUUGAUUAGUGUCUAAUUACCCACUUAGCCUUUGUGGUCCAUUCAGUGAUUUUUCUCGCAGCAUCAGCAGGAAGUGUCACACAAGAAAGAUAUCAGUGGUGCGCGCCAGGGGCAGAGAGAGAGGCAGGUGGGCAGUGUUUUGGUCUGCCCGGAGCUGUGCAGGUUGCUCUAUAGCGCUGGUGCAACAGUGCGUUGUCCGGGAUAGGAGGGAGUGCUCUCGAUUUAUUGAUUUUUCUCGGUCGCUGCCGUCGCCGUGGCUGACGCCUGGAAUUUGUUUGAAAAUUUUCUGAAAAUCUGCAAAAAUUGAUUGAGUGAGUGAGUGAUGCACGAGAUCUUUCUCGGUUAUUGGAAGUGAAGAGAAGGAAAUGAAAAAUCGCAACCGGAAGAGAGAUUGGAUUUAGAUCUGAAGAUUGAAACAAAGUAGUUCGUAUAGAAUAAAGUUAGAAGCUAGUGAUUAAGUGGCAGCCGGAGGCUGCAUCUUGCUUCGGCUUGCAGUUACCUACUAAAGUGUUGUUAAUGUAAUCCUCAAAAAGUAUCAUAUUUCGAAUAUGAGUAACAACUAGUUUGCAGUGUGUUUGCAAAUUAUCGUAAUAUAAAUUUAGAAUCUCAUUCUGGAAAUCAUUUUAAAUAAGUGACUUAGAAUAUUAGAAAUACGAAUUUUAGUGGGUGCACCAUGUGGAUUCCUACAAGCAACAAAUACGGAGUUGCAAUCCACAACUGGCACGGCAAUGUCACACACGGCUUGGCCCUGGACGUCGGCGAUUGCGUCGAAAUAUUGGAAGAAACGACACACUGGUUUCGUGGCACAUGUCCCCGGAAGCCCCGCCGGGUGGGCCUCUUCCCCAAAACGUACAUCCACCUGAAAGACCUCGCCAAGGUGGACCCCGUGGUUGGCGAGUGCACACUGGUGCUCCGCGAAUGGUCCGAGAUAUGGAAGAAACUGUUUGUGGAACGAGAAGAAUACAAAUUCACCUCGAUUCGGAAGGGAAUGCUGACACUGCUGGAGUGUCGACGGGAGCUGCUGAGUGCCACCCUGACCCAAGAUCAGACGUAUGAUCUGCAGACGAAAGUGACCUCCAAGAUUGAUUGGGGCAAUAGAAAGCUAGGCCUAGAUUUAGUGCCCCGAUUAGGAACGCUUGCGGUCGAUCCGCACAAAAUCGGAAUCGUCUCGCUACACCAGGUGCACGUCAACAGUGCCGAAAAUGCCAACGAUACUUCCAACCGCGGAACGUUACGACGGAAGGCCGACAAGAAGAUCCUCACCCACCAUUUAUACUUCUGCAUGCGCGAUUUCGGUCACCGGAUAGGGGAUGACGCGGAGAUCUAUUUCUAUCUCUACGAUGGCCAGCGAAUGCGAGCCCUGUCCGAGCGUUUUCUGGUGCGCAUUGCCAAAGACGGAUUUUCCACUUACGUGGAAGCCUCAAACAACUGCACGGUGUUUGCUGAUUUGGGGUCGUCCAACCUCAACCAGGACCUCUACCUAAUUGCCAAUGUGAUGCGAGUGGGGAAAAUGCUGCACUCGGAGUCGGUCAAGAAAGGGGACAAAUUCAUCAGUAAUCACUCCUACCGAAGACCAUACGGAGUCGGUGUGCUUCCGUUGAGCGAAAUAGGACAGUUUGAUCAGACUGUCGAGUCGGAGGAGAAGGAGUAUAGUUUUAAGAUCUUGCAGUGCGAAGAAAAGGACUACCAUCAGUUGCAUGAGUUGAUCAUCAAGAAGGCUAGUGGUAAAUUCCAACCGAUCAACGCUAGUACACAAGGUCACUACGGUUUGGUGGUAUCGUUGAAAUUGAUUCACGGGGGCUUAGGACAAGCCCGAAUAGAACAGCCAAUACUGUUUCAAGGAACUGCCAUAACCAAAAAGAUAGGCUUCCCUGAUGUUAUUAUGCCUGGAGAUGUGAAAAACGAUCUUUUCUUAACUUUAGAACGCGGUGAGUUCGAACGAGUUGGUAUUAGUACGGCCAAAAAUAUCGAAAUUACUACAUUGGUCUUGGACGAGAACGGACGAAUAAUCCAAGAAUGCAUAGCCAUCGCCUCAGGAAAUCCCCUCCAAGCGUUUUACAAAUCCAUGGUACUGUAUCACAACAACUCACCAGCAUGGAACGAAACCAUUCGAAUGUUUGUUCCCAUAGACAAGUUCAGCAAGGCUCACGUACGGUUCGAGCUACGGAGCUGCUCAACCCGAGAUAAAUCCGAUCCGAAACUAUUCGGAUUCAGUUUCGCACGUUUGAUGGAACCCGGAGGAGCUACUCUCGCGGAUGCAUCCCACGAACUGUACGUCUACAAGUGUGAAGAUAUUCUCAAAGUGCAGCCGAACAUCUACCUUCGGUUGCCUUGUUCUGCCACGGACAAACACGCCCAUACCCUUGAAUCCAACUCGCCAUACCAUCGGAGCUCCAAAGAAGCAUUUUUCGUCAAAACCGUGCUCUGUUCUACCAAGCUCACACAAAACGGCGAUCUACUUUCGCUUCUCCAAUGGCGAAACCAUCCGUCACGCAUCCAAGACUCUCUGCAGCGAAUUCUUCGGCUUCACAAUGAAGAGCUCAUAAAAUUUCUCCAAGAUGUUCUGGACGUACUUUUUGCCAUAUUCUCCACAGACGAUGGAAACAGUACUCCUCACUCGGGACUUGUUUUCCACGUCCUCGUGUCGAUCUUCAGCCUCAUGCAGAGCAGCAAGUUUCAGCACUUCAAACCCGUCAUGGAUGCCUACAUCAAGGACCACUUCACCGCUCCUCUAGUAUAUAAAGGUCUGCUUUCCUCAGUCCAACAUCUCGCUGAUUGGAUGAACACUGCAGAAAACCUUGAACCAAUCCUCCAAUGCUUCAGCUCCCUUGAGUUCAUCUUCAAGCUAAUCAUCCAAAGCCGAAAACUAUUUGCGCAUGCGUCCGGCGGCCAGUACGAAGACAAGUUCAAGCAUGAUCUGUUCGCCGUUUUCACCUCUCUCAAUGGAAUGCUUCAAGUCAGUAGUCAUUCACAAAUCCUCCCAAUCCAGGAGGCCCUCCUCAGCUCAGUCGGUGUCGUCUUCGAACAGCUUCAAUCCAUCAUCACCAAAACCGAGCUGGAAACCCUAGUCAGAAGCAUGCUGGAUUCCGUCCCCAAGGAUGCUCAGCCUCCUCUUAUUCAGGCCAAACUAAAAUCCAUCAAAGAUAUGGUCUCGGGGCAGUUGUUCCAAGACGACGAAAUACGCUCCGUCAUUCUCAACAUUGCUUGCAAGCACCUCAGAAUACACCUCGCGCGGCGUGACGAACUGCGCCUGUGUUCGGAGAUCCUCGCCGAAAUACUCAUCAAACUGCAUGAAGCUAAAGUCAAAACUGGCGAAAAGCCUUCGAACGCAAUCCACCACGAUUUGGACACACUGUUCUCAAACAUAUUUUCUAUUUUGAUGCAAACCAUCAACGUCCUCGGCAACGGUGGCAACGAAUCUCUCGUUUGUGCUCUGUUUGCAGUCAUGCUGGGAUUGCUGCAACUAUUGGAUGAGUCUCACUUCCAACGGAUGUGGGACCGACUGAGCACCGGCGGAAACAACAAGGAACUCAAGGAUUUCAUUCAGCAGUGUCUGAACAUUUUCAAGGACAUCCUGGAGCAGGAUUGGAUGAUCUUUUCCAAGGAUUGGUUGGUGAUGAAGAUAUCGGCGAAUGAGGUGCUUCGCAAGACACUGGAGGAAAUGGCGAAGCCCUUGGUGUACCGUUUCCUGGGACCACAGUCGUUUGAUUCGCAACUGUGGUGGUCGUACUUCAGUGUGGCGGUGAUCUUUCUGACACAGCCAUCGUUGCAGAUCGAGCAGUAUCAUGAAACCAAACGGAGGAAGUUGCUGAGCACACAUGGCGACAUGCGGGUGGCGAUGGGUUUCCAAAUCUUGAGCAUGUGGGCUCAGCUGGGGGAACAUAAGCUGCACUUUAUACCGUCGAUGGUGGGACCGUUUCUGGAGGUUACGCUGGUGCCUGAACCAGCGCUUAGGAAGGCUACUUUUACGGUGUUUUACGACAUGAUGCAGUGCGAGCAGAUAUCCCGUGGCUCUUUUCGAUUGGUGGAGAGUGAGUUGAUAGACAAGCUCGAUCUUCUAAUUAGCGAGAACAAAGGCGACGAUGAGUACCGCGAACUCUUCAGCACUAUGGAACAGUUGUGUCUAGCUCUGCUGGAACGAGUUCAAGCGGAGAAUCCCUCGUGGCGAGAAUCGGGAACGGCUUUCAUUUCGUCCGUAACGCGACUUUUGGAACGGCUGCUGGACUACCGCAGUGUGAUGCAGGGCGACGAGAAUCGGGACAAACGAAUGACUUGCACCGUCAAUUUGCUCAAUUUCUACAACGACGAAAUCAACCGGAAGGAGAUGUAUGUGAGGUACAUCUACAAACUGUUGGACUUACAUUUGGGCGCAGAGAACUACAUUGAGGCUGGACUGACACUGAAGCUGUAUGCCGAUAUGCUCUCAUGGGACAGCGAAAACGUAUCAGACGAGAGUAACGGACCUCGGGAGUGGGAACAGAAGGAGAAGAUCUACAAGAAUAUCAUCAACCACUUCGAUAAAGGUAAAUGCUGGGAAAAGGGGAUACCUUUGUGCAAAGAGCUUGCAACAUUCUACGAGCGGAAACGGUUCGACUACAACAGAUUGAGCGAUGUCCUAACCCAGCAGGCUAAGUUCUUCCAGAAUAUAUUGACACAACUUCGGCCGGAGCCGGAGUAUUUCCGCGUCGGCUAUUACGGAACGGGAUUUCCAUCUUUUGUUAGGAACAAGCAAUUUAUCUACCGAGGGUUGGAAUACGAAAGAAUCGGUGCAUUCAUACAGCGGUUGCAAAUCGAAUUUCCGGCAGCUCAAAUCUUAGAUAAGAAGCAUUAUCCACCGGAUAGUUCGGUACUGAAUUCUCCCGAGCAGCGAUUUCACGUGGUGAACGUGCGUCCAAUAUCUGAUCCAAACCAUCUGAAGAGUGCCAAAGUGACCGUUCCGGAGAAGAUUUCUAAGUAUUAUGAGGUAAACGAUGUUACCAAGUUUCAGUACGAUCGCCCCGUACACAAGGGAGUCGUAGAUAAAGACAAUGAGUUCAAGUCGCUUUGGAUCGAGCGAACGAUCUAUGAUAUAGCAUUGCCACUUCCGGGUAUCUUACGGUGGUUUGAGGUGACAAAUGCCUCUAUCCAUGAACUUACACCUGUUGAGUUUGCCUGCGAAUCUGUAUCGAACGUCAACAAGGAAUUAUCUGACCUCAUUGUCCAGUACCGACUCGAACCAAAGCGUAAUCUUAAUCCAUUCACAAUGCGGCUUCAAGGUUCUGUAGAUGCUAACGUAAACGGGGGUUUCAAUAAGUACCAAGAUGCAUUCUUUACCGAGCGUUUUGCUAAAUCCCCGGAAGGCCGUGAUCAAAGCUUGCAUGUCCAACGCUUGAAGCGUCUGAUCUUCGAACAAAUGCACAUCCUGCGUCAGGCUUUGGAGAUGCACCGCAGUCUUGCUUCCGAGGAAGUCCUACCGCUUCAUAACCGUCUUUCGGAAGCAUUCUUGGAGCUAGAGAAGAGUACAUCCGAAUGGAAGACAAACAUAAACAUUCCCACUAAGCCAUUACCACCUCUACCGAUUGCUAAUGUGCAGCCUACAAUGAUGUCAAAUCAGAACACUUCGCUCUCGGGGCCACAGCAGCACUACUUCUCCACCGAGGAUCACGAUGAAACAUAUACGUAUUUAAGUCGCAAGACAUUAUCAUUAACUGGGAUUGUACCCAUGACGGCGAUGACUUCGUCUCCGGUUCCCGCUCCCCAGGUUCCUCCUAGAGAUUCCCUAACCUCUUCCUCCCCAUCUGCUCCACCUCUUCCCCCUCGAGGUCACACCCCGGAUAAACGUAAUUCCAAUCCCAUGCCCUUUACAGAAUUUGUUGAACAGCAGCAGGGUUCGGUUCCGACACGACCUCGCUCCAAAAAAUACUCCUUGUACGAAAUUUCCCUCAAUGAAAGCGUGAACAACAGCUACGGAAGUCCCCGAAGUUCAAGUGACCUCAAAGGUCACUACGACCUGGGAGUGUUCAAUAGGGACUCCGGGAUAUCCACAAGUUCGCACGAACUGAACAACCUCAACAACAGUUCGCAACACGCUCACUCUCAAGUUCAUCAUCACCAUCACUACCAUCAACCAAAUUCAACAGCCGUCGAACCACUGGACGAGUACAACAUUUCCCUGAAUGGAAACGGUGGCGCCACAACCCCUCGGGGACACCAGAAAACAAACUCCAACCCGGAAUCGUUCAACUCCAUCAACGUUCAGGAGCUAGCCAUGAACUCCAUAAACAUAUCCCUUUCCCGGCUUACAACGGCCAAUGGCGCUAGCCAGCCGCCGCCACCUCCCAUUCCACCCAAAUCUGCCGCUCUUCAUCAUCAGCAUUCCUUCACGGCGGGCAGCAGCACCAUCGCGAACCAAUUCCAUCCACAUCAUCAGCGUCAGCAGUCGCUGAAUCUGAGCCAGAACUCAUCCUCCGAUGGCGAUGCGAUCAGUUUGAACGACAUCAGCCCCGCUCCGCCUGUGCCAUUCAACGACACGUUUAGCGAUUCGUUCAGUGACGAAUGCGACAGUACGCCGGCAGCGAACAAUAGUCAUCACCAUCACCACGAUGCGGUUGCCUAUUGUGUGCCGAAGGCGCAGCAGCAAGCGGUGAGUACCAACAGUUUGGGUCGUCGAUCGCUGAACGGAGCCGCCGCUGCGGACGAUGUGGUUGAGGUUAGGAACACUACAAUGGUGCCGCUGCGGCACGACGACGAUGAGGAGGAAAUCUUCUAUUAGGAUGAGGGGAGGAAGGAGACGAAAAACACUGAACGACCGCAUGUGCGUACUGUGCAAUCUGUUUGUCCGUUUCAUAAUAGGUUAGAGCUAAGCCAAAUUGUCCUAUAUACAAAUUGUAGAUAAGCGUGAGUCUGCUGGUUUGGACGACAUGAAAAUCGAAAAUGUGUUUUGCUGAAUGAUUAAGAAUCAUAUUUUUCAUCAAUUAAAGAUAGGCAUCAUUUUCUUCAGUUUUGUUCGAUGGAA